AUGAUGGCUGUCCAGGCUUUGGCGGCAUCGUUGAAAGCCGCCAAGGCUCAGCCAAUGCCACUAUUGGUUUUACAUACGGACCAGGUGUCCGCGGGCGUGCAGUCGCGAUUGGCAGCAGAUCCAUCUUUACAGUUGCGAUGUGUGGAUGUCAUACCCAAUCCGCACGUUACAGACGUGUCGGGGUGGGUCAAUUCUGGAUUCACGAAACUUCGACUCUGGGAGCAAGUGGAUUUCGAGAAAAUCGUCUACAUUGAUGCUGACUGCUUGGUUCUGGAGAACAUCGACGAGCUUUUUCAGCGAGAAUGUCCAGCCUUUUGCCCUGAUGUCUUCCCACCGGACAAAUUCAAUGCGGGCGUGAUCGUGCUGGAACCGAGCCGCGAUGUUUUCGAGGAAAUGAAGGACAAGAUUGCCGUGCUGCCAUCCCAUGAUGGAGGUGAUACCGGGUUCUUGAACGCUUUCUUCCCCGACUGGUACCGGUGGCCCCAUGAGCAGCGGCUCCCUUUCCAGUACAAUGCCCUGCGGACGAUGUAUUGGUUCACGCGCGCCAAUCCUGGAUACUGGGAGUCCAUCCAGCCGGUCAAGGUGCUGCAUUUUUGCUCAUCCCCCAAACCUUGGGACAAGGAGGCGAAGAAGGGUGACUUGGAAGUGCUGUGGUGGGAACACUACUUGAAGUCGCAGGUCCCCUUUUAG